AUGGGCGUUGAAGUGCAAACGAUUACCCCUGGAGAUGGCAAGAACUUUCCCAAGUCCGGCGACACCGUCGACAUUCAUUACGUGGGCACUCUCCAGAAUGGCGACAAGUUCGACUCGUCUCGUGACCGUGGACAGCCUUUCAGCACCGCUAUUGGUGUUGGCCGUGUGAUCCGUGGCUGGGACGAGGGCGUCCCCCAGCUGUCCCUCGGACAGAAAGCUAACCUGGUGUGCUCCCCUGACUAUGCGUACGGUCCCCGUGGCUUUCCCCCAGUCAUCCCCCCUAAUUCGACCCUUAACUUUGAGGUCGAGCUCCUUGGCAUCAACGGCAAAGGCCAGUAA